AUGACGCUUAUGAAGUAUUCAGGUUACCAUGUGAUUGCUCAGAAUCUUCUCUACGCUGCUCUGUACGGGAUUUUCGAUUCCAGAAAUAUAAAUGAAGCCGAGCAUGGGUCAAACAAAUAUACACAGACACUGUUAAUAUAUCGUGGUAGGAAGGGCUUUCUGAUAAUGCACGGACGGACUUAUCAGAACAAAUUCUACAGAUUCAAAUCAAGAAAUAUCGACGAACGUGAUUUUCAAAAUAAGGGGAUGAAUUCAUUAUAUGUAAAAGAUAAUAGUGUGGAGCAACAGGACGUUGCUAUUGAUUAUGCUCAAUGUCAAGGUUUUCCAGAAUCUUUGAUCUCUUCAGUAUGCUUUUCAGAUAUAGUUACUGGCCAGAGAUCAUUCGAAAAUCCCGCGAAUGAGAUUUAUGAUGAUGAAAAUUUGAGUAAUAAGGUACGUAGAAUUUCAUUUCAGGAAAGAGGAAGAUUCUUUAGCCGGCCGUCCUCGCCCAAUGACAAAAUUAUUACGAUAGAGCUGCCUUCCUCAGAGAGAUUACCGACCCAGCAGGAGCAAGUGGGUUCCAUAAGACCGAACAAAUUACCAAUUCUACAGCGAAUUCAUUCUGGCCAUUUUCAUAUAUGCCUUGGUCUUUGCAGUCAAACUGUUCUUUGGAAAACUCUAGAGGAGAGCUUUUCAUCAGUCAUUCAUAUUCCUCUCAAUCUACCUGCUCAUUUCACGUCUGGGCUGUGGUUUGUUGCUUUAUUAAGUUUUGUUCUGAUAUCUGGGUCAUACCUUUUAAAAUGUUUGUUUCAUUUCGAGACUGUUCGCAUGGAGUAUUUCGAUCGUGUAAGGGUGAACUACUUCUUUGUACCGUGGAUAGCAGCUGUGUUGUUAAGGCUAGGGCUUCCUUCCAGUAUAGCUCCAGAUAAAGUGCACCCUCUCCUUUUCUGUAUAUUUAUAGUUCCCUUCUCUAUCUUAGAGCUCAAAAUCUCCGGCCAGUGGUUCACCAAAGGGAAGUUGUCUCUAGCUCGAGUCGCAAACCCUUCCACCUAUUUAGCCACAAUCGAGAACUUCGUGAUAGCCCGUCUGGCAACAAAAGUAGGAUGGAGAGAAACUGCAAUGUUUUUCUUGACUGUUGGAUUAAUUCACUAUGCGGUUGUGUUCAUCACGCUUUACCAGAGACUCCCAUCAGACGUAGAUUUGUCGAGAAAGAUAUCCCCGGUUUUCUUUCUGUUUAUUGCAGCUCCGAGCUCGGCAAGCGUGCCGUGA